GAGAGACCUAGUUCGCACGAUCCAUUACGAGACAUUGCCGCCUUCAAUUUCGUUGCCGAUCGGUCGCCGUCCCCUGGUCGUGCUCUCCGGCGGGUUCAUCAUCGGCGACUGGCAAUCGGCAUCUUUCUUCAGAGUUGAUGGCGAUAAAGCAGAAAUCACGAGUUCAGAAGGAAGCAGAAGAGUUAAAUGAAGAACAAAAUACAGGAAAAGAGAGGCAAAAUGUACAGUCAUCAAAAGAAGAACAAGAUAAGACCUUCGAAGAACUUGGUCUGGACCCUCGCCUUGUCCGUGCUUUAAUCAAGAAAAACAUCGACAAACCCACUCCCAUCCAGCGUGAAGCUAUCCCUCUCAUUCUCGAAGGUAAAGAUGUGAUUGCUCGAGCAAAGACUGGUUCUGGAAAAACCUUCGCCUACCUCCUUCCUAUGCUUCAGAAGCUCUUCUCCAAUUUGUCUUCAAAGAAGAAUUCAGCUCCAUCGGCUUUCAUCCUUGUCCCAACUCGUGAACUCUGCCAGCAGGUUUACUUGGAGGCUACAUCUUUAAUUGAAUUGUGUAAGGUGCAAUUAAAAGCUGUUCAGUUGACAAGCACAAUGUCCACAUCUGACUUGAAAACUACUUUUGCCGGGUUUCCUGAAAUUGUUGUAUCUACACCAGCUUGCAUUAAAACAUGCUUUUCAAAUCGGGUUCUUCUACCAGAAGCUCUGCAAGAUUCCCUCUCGAUUCUUGUACUUGAUGAGGCCGAUCUUCUAUUGUCAUAUGGUUAUGAAGAUGAUCUAAGAGCUCUUACGUCUUACAUCCCCAAGCGCUGCCAGUCCCUUCUCAUGUCUGCUACUUCAAGUAAUGAUGUUGAAAAGCUGACAUCACUGAUGCUACAUAAUCCUAGCCACAUACCGUCAUCUGAAGUGAGUGAUGCCAAGGAUGAUAUAAUUCCCAAUAAUGUUCAGCAAUUUUAUAUUUCUUGCAGUACCAGUGACAAGUUUGUGCAUAUCCUUGCCCUCUUAAAGCAUGAGUUGAUCCUGAAAAAAGCUCUCAUAUUUACAAAUUCUAUUGACAUGAGCUUUAGACUGAAAUUAUUCUUUGAACAGUUUGGGAUCAAGGCUGCUGUUUUGAAUGCUGAGCUUCCACAGAAUUCACGCUUGCACAUUCUCGAGGAAUUCAACGCUGGUCUUUUUGAUUACUUGAUUGCAACUGAUGGCAGCAAUUCAGAAGGAAAAGAGGCAAUUGACGGCAGAAGCCCCAAUGAGAAUAAGAAAUGUAAGAAGAAUCAAAAGCAAAAAAUUGAUUCAGAAUUUGGGGUUGUGAGAGGAAUAGACUUCAAGAAUGUGCGCACGGUAAUAAAUUUUGAGAUGCCCCGAACAGCUGAAGGCUAUGUUCACCGUAUUGGACGUACAGGGAGAGCAUACAAUACUGGUGCAUCUGUCUCCCUUGUUUCUCCAGAAGAAGCAGAAAUGUUUCAAGAGGUCAGAUCUUUAUUAAGGGAAAAUGAUGACAACUCAAAUUUUAUUGCUCCCUUUCCAUAUCUCACUAAGGAUGCAGUAGAGUCUUUGAGAUAUAGAGCUGAGGAUGUGGCGAGGAGUGUUACAAAACUUUCCGUAAAAGAAGCACGUGCUCAAGAUCUGAGGAAUGAGAUUCUUAAUUCUCAAAAGUUGAAAGCCCAUUUUCAAGAGAAUCCUCAAGACCUGGAUCUUUUGAAACAUGACAAAACCCUCAGUAAGAAGGCCCCUGCUCCUCACCUGCGUGAUGUGCCUGAAUAUCUAAUUGACCCAACAACGCAUGAAGCUAGCAAGAUUGUAAAACUUGCUAGAGCUGCAAUGGGGAAUGAUAGUGCUCCCCGCCGCAAAGGCUUUAAUGGUAAAUUUAGAAAGUCAAGAGACCCUCUAAGAACAUUCUCUGCAGAGGGACGAAAACGAGCUUCAAAAGGCGGGAUGAAGAGAAAGCAGAAAGAUACAGAUUCGGGGCGUAAAGGCAAGAAAAGAAAAGGAGAUUGAUGAUUUGUACUGUUUUUUUUGGCAAAUGAUUGUUAUUACUCCCUCCGUCUUAAAACUUUCUUCCCAGAGUACUAUUCCAACUUCACGGGAAUUUAUAUUUAUUUGUGUUUUUUCAUGGCUUAUAUGAUAAAAUAAAAUAUUCUUGUCACCACUUGUUUUGUUGAACUUUUGAUGUAGUUUUUAAAUAUGUAUGUUUUAUUUUUUAUUUCUAUACCAAUAUUUAAAUAUAAUAGAUUGAAAAAACUUGGGAUUUUUUUUCGUUUUGCGUAACGGGAAGAAAGAUAUAGGACGGAGGGAGUACUUCACACAAGAGAAUUUUGUAAUUUGAUAAAUAGGUUUAUCAGAU